AUGAAAAAGACCCUGGAUAGACUUAGUCAAUCUUCCGAAAACACCAAUCCGAAAAUAAGACAAAUGGACAAGGACUUUGAAGCUUGGAAGACAUCCAGAAAACAGAAUGAUUUUUUCAAAUAUUUACAAGAGCUGAAGAGACUAAGGGAUGAGGAAGCUAUUCAGCUAGCUCAGAUAAAAAGUCAGGAAAAUCUACAAUUAGCUAAGAUAAAAUCGAAAUAUUUGCAAGACCAUAUCAUUGCGGUAACAGAAUUCCAUAAGAACAUAGCUGAAGAUCUCAUCACGAUUGAUCGCAAAAGGAAAAUGAGUUUAUCAGAUGAAGAUAUUGAUCAAGAGGAACAGGAAUUGAAGCCGACAUCAACUGAGGUCCGAUAUUUUAAGAAACGUCUCUUAGAUCUCAAUUGUGAUUCGGAUAAUUGUAUCGAAGACGAAAGCGAUGUUGAAAAAUCUGAUUAUUCCGAUGAAGAAUUAGACAAUAUUGAUAGCUUUUCAUUUGACGAAUGGGUUGAUACAUGUAAUAGAGAGAGAUGGACUUUAAGAAAUGGCGAGAAAGUUAGAGAUGUUUUGCUACGGAUGACGCGAAAAGCAAUUGACAAAUCCAAUGAACUAAAAAAAAUGGAAGCAAAGACUUUGAGCACUAUAAGGUUAAGACUCGGUCUUUCGUCAAUAAUCGACUUAUCAUCGGAGUUUGAAGGAGGGAUGCAUGCCUGGUUUGGUCAGGAUUGGGAAGACCUGAAAGUGAGAUGUUCGCACAAAAUAAAGUUUGAAGUAAGAAAAUUCAAAGGAGAUAUUUUAUCUGAUAUUAUUAAGAUCGAAGAGCUAUGUACCUCAUUUAAGUAUUGGGAAGCGCGGGCGCACUUAUUGGAUAAGAUAAAAGAGAGGCCCAGUGAUGAUACGCACCGUCAAGUUUUAAAAACAAUCGAUAUGCUUUUAGAAAACCCAUACUCUUUUAUUGAUAAAGAAGGUAGAAAAAAGAAUCUGACGGAAGUUGAAUAUAUUAUGAAAGUUGCAGGUCCUAUAUUGGACAUAAUUUUUUCUAGCGAUCACGAUAUUGUCUAUCUCAAAUGGGGCGAGACAACUUCCAAGCCUACUAUAAGCCGAAAAAUAGAUUUAAGAGUGUUGACCGUCGAUAGUGACACGGUUUUGUCACACUCGGAAUUUGCACGAAAAGCGACACCAUUAAAAAUAAUUAAAGGUCGCAGUAAGUGCUUGAGGACGAACAAGUGUAUACUAGACCAAUAUCUCAUGAACGACCUUCCCGAAGAAGCGGUUGAAGAUUCUACGAUAUUUGGUUUACAAUCGGCUGGUCUAGAAGGUCAACUUUUUGCAAUUGACUUACUUGAUGAAGGAUUGUACUUCAGUUUAAAUGGACCAACGUUUAGGUUUCCUGCGGUGUUAAAUAAUAUUGAGGUAUUACGAAGCUCAUUGGAAAUCCUAUAUCUCUUUAAGGAGAAGGCCAUCAAUAAGGCUAAAUAUCUGUCUUGCAAUGAUAACAAUCAAAUUGCGAAAAUACUGAAAUCAAGAUCAAUUACCAAAAAGCCUCAACACUCUAAGAUGAAUUAUAUUAAGAAAACAUAUUUUACGCCGAAGGAAACUUUGCGUAAUGAAAUCAGGAAUCUGCAUUCUAAUGAUUGGCAUUUAAUUUGA